CCAACCCACUGCCUGCACUGCUCCUGCCCAGUAUACAUACUCUCUCUCUCUCACACACACACACACACACUCAGCCUGUGUUUUACACACACACUCGGCGGUGAUGGCGUCUGAAGCGAUGGAGAUGAACGGAGUUGCGGACAGACUGAGAGAGGACGGAGAGGGACCCCGAAGGAGGAUGGCCCGCCCUCUCAACAUGAACCACUACGCUAAUAAGAAGAGUGCGGCGGAAAGCAUGCUGGACGUAGCGCUGCUGAUGGCUAACGCGUCUCAGCUGAAGGCCGUGCUGGAGCAGGGUCCGACCUUCAGCUUCUACUCAGCGCUCAUCACACUCAUCAGCAUCUCACUCAUCCUGCAGGUCAUCGUCGGGGUUUUGCUCAUCUUCAUCGUGAAGUGGAAUCUGAACGACGAGAGCAAGCACUUUCAGCUGAACGUCCUGGAAAACAUCUCCACGGCCCUCGUCUUCAUCAUCGUCGUCGUCAAUGUCUUCAUCACAGCGUUCGGCGUGCAGCGACCCCACACCAGCGCGUGAUCUCAACAUAUCAGGUCUGAGGCUGCAGGAAAGCCCGAGCGGUUCUGAGAUCGACCGAGGAGGUUUUGAGCGUCACCAGACCUGCUGAGAUUCUCCACGAGUCUUCCUGCUGCGAGAGACACAAACAGGACUGCCUGCUGCAUUUAUUUUUUACCUUCAAGUGAUUGUUUCAUGUUUGUGUUGUAGAUGUUUGUAGAUUUUCUGUUACCUAAGGCAAUCGAAACAAAAAGCUCUGUGGGAUACAGUUUAACGUUUAGGGAAGGAACCUGCUUGGAUGAGAGCGUCGUGGUAUACACACUGCCUCUUAUUUAGCAAGGUUGUGUAGAACGUGAGUCCAGACUCGAGCACGUGAGUCAUUAAUGAGUCAUACAAUUAAUGAAUUAACAUUAACUCUGAAAUAGAAGAGAUAGCAUGGGAAAGACCUUUUCUAGGAAACUUGCCCAGAUUACACUGACCCCGUAAAGGCACUCACUUGCUCACUCAGAGAGGAGAAGGACACUGUUGUAGAAGUUCUCAACCUCAAACAACUCGGACAGCACGAGAGACACUUUCUCUUACAGUAUACGACAGAGAUUGCGUAUCUUAAUCCUUUUGUAUGGCAGCUCAUGUCUGAUCACACUGACUCCAAAAUAAUGUCAAUUUGUGUGUGUUUGCUUUUGAGAUGGUAAAAUGUUUCUCUAUAAUCCUACAGGCUUAAAUGUCUUUCACAUCAUCAGGCAGCACAGCGUCGUGUAAUAGGAGCAAAUUAUUGCCUUUGAUCGUUUAGAUGUGCAACUAUACAUAUAUAGAGAGAGAUACUCAUAUACUCAUGAUACAGAUUGAAUCGGCCCCUGGGUAUCGUGAUAAUAUCGUAUCGGCUGGUCCCUUACGAUUGCCGUCCCUAGUAGACAGCAGCUUGGACGACUUCAUUCCAAACAUUGUAUGUGUGUAAAUAUUAACCGAACAACUUCAACUUUGUAUUUGUUCUUUUGUAAAUUUUGAAGAGGUGUUUAGAGCUUAGGAGAUUCUUCAAAAUUUAGAUUUUAGUUGUAUACAUGUAGGGUCAGGCUUUAAAACUCCUCCAGCUUUGCUUUUAAUUGCAAGAAUUUGCACUGUGUGAAGGUUUUCCCAUGCUGUCUCUCUUACGCACACACACACAAACACACACACACACCUACUGCAUUAAUUUUAUAACAAUAACAUCAUGUUUUAUUCCUGUCUGUUCCUAGAGUUUCUUUAUUUCAGCUCAGGUGGCUAUAAUUCACAUCAUCUCAUUAGCUAUUUUUUUUAUUCUAUACCGAAAGUGUGUUUAAUGUGUGUGUCUGUGUGUGUGUCAAAGAGAGACCCCAGAGUAAAAAGUUUCUACAUUUAAAAAUAAAACUGAACUGAUGAUGCUCAGAUUCUAAAAGACCUUUUCAGUGUUAGAGACAAGAAAAUUUAAACACGUUAAAAAUAAAAAAGAA